AUGGCUUCAUCAGUGACCGCUAACUACUUGCCAAGGGGAGGUGCAGUGUUCACCACCAUGCCAGACAUCCUCUUCAUCCCUGAGCUUGUGUUUGGAGGUUUGGUGUGGAUCCUGGUAGCUUCCACACAUGUGACGCCAGACAAUCCCCAGGGCUGGGUGAUGUUCGUCUCUGUUUUCUGUUUCAUCAUGACCUUCCUCUGGCUCAUCAUCUUCGCCUGUGGAGGGCACAAGAACAGCGGAGGAUGGGCCACUGCGGACUUUGUGUAUCACUUCCUGGCUGCCCUGUUCUACCUAAGUGCCUCGGUUCCACUUGCCCUUGUAACCCUUGGUUACUCCAAAGAUAGAUCUAACCUAAAGUACUACCAGAUCGACAUUGCAGCAGUGGUUUUCUCCUACACCGCCACACUCUUUUACUUCAUCCACUGCAUCCUCUCAGCGAUCAGGUGGAAGUCUUUCUGAUCAAGACUGCAUUCAGCCAGAAAAACUACAAAACACAGAACUCUGGGAGAGUGAGAAGAAUCUCAAGUCAGUCCUGUUGGAGAAAGGUUGCUCUCUCUAAACCUCUCUCUCUCUCUCUCUAACAUCCGAUUGAUAACGUCAGUGGUUUAGAGAGCAGUGUUUGUUUUAUACAAACUCCCAAACAGAUAUAGGCCUACAAACAUAAAUUCAUUAGUAAUGUACUGUACAAAUACCUGUAUGUUUUCUGUUGGGUGUCUAUGCACACACGCUUAGACUCAUUGAAUCGUUUUUUCACCUAUUUUUAUUAAGCAUAUUCUUGAUCGAUAGUAGAAGAAAAAAAAUAGAUUUUUGUAAUCAGAUUUUUGUAAAAAAAAAUAAACAAGACACAGAUUUAUGGCGCUUGACUAAACCGAACUUUUAUAAAGUCAAACUUUGUACUGAGAGGGCCUGUUUUAUAUAUUUCAACUGCUGAGUAUGCAUUUUGUCAGAAAUAUGCCUAACA